GGCGCGCGCACCACGGCGCCACCGUCGCCUGCCGCGCCCACCACCCCGCGCUGCAGCGGCCGCUCUCCGUCCAGCUGCUGCUCGACGUCCAGUAUACUCCGUCCUUCAUGAUCAGCCGCUACCCUGGCUUCGGCUUCCCAAUUGAGGAAGGGAUGCCGGUCUCGCUGAGGUGCGAAGUCGAGGCCAACCCUCCGUCCAGGCCCGUCUGGGUCAAAGACGACGGGCCGCCGCCUGUGGCGCAGUCUGGCGACGGCUUCCUGAACUUCAGCGCCAUCAGCCGGCAGCACAGCGGCUGGUACAAGUGCACCAGCGGCGACGCCAGCUCGCUGGGCUACUUCCUCAACGUGCUGUACACAGAACCGGAGGCCACAUCGGACAGCGGCAGGGGUGAAGGGGCGGACGCCGGCACGGCGCAGCCGGCGCUGCUGGAGGCGGCCCUGGGCGGCUCGGUGUCGCUGCAGUGCCCCGGCGGGGGCGGCGGGGGCGGCUGCUGGGGCGCGCAUCCGGGGGCGGGCGCGGGGGCGCGCUGCCAGCCCACCGCCCGCCACGACCUGGCCAGCUGGAGGCAGCUGGCCGCCACCAGCCGCUCCCCGCCUCGGGUGGUGGUGCCGCUGUCGCUGGUGACGGCGGCGCCCGGCGAGACGGCGGCGCUGCGCGCGGAGCUGUGCGGCCCGGCGGCCGAGGCGGCGGCAGACAGGGUGCUGUGGGCGGCGGGGCGGCGCCUGCUGCGGCCCGGCGACGUCGAGGGCCGCAUCGCCGCGCUGCCGCUGCUGAUAGCUUGA